AUGGAAACAGAUGCUGAUCCAUCUGAGGAACCCGAAGGAGAACCUGAACCUGAAACUGAAGAAGAAGAUCAUCAGUCGGAUGCAGAUCCUGAAAAUAAGGAAGACGUUUCUGUAGAACCUGCUGAUGGUGCUACCGAAGAACCAGCUGAAGAAUCUGCUGAUGAUUCUUUUAAAGAACCUUCUGAAGAGCCUAAAGAUGAAGAAUAUUGUCUUCUUCCGGUCGUUCACUGUGACACAGUUCUUAUCUCUCCGAUCCAGUCUCUUUCUCUUUCCUGUCAAAAUUUCUUUCAUCCUGAUUCUACAUUCCUCCCCUCUCUUACUGCUUCGGAAAAUCUAGAAAGCGGAAGAAUAGCAGACGAUCCUGAAGAUUUAUCUGAGCUUGAAGCCGGACUCGGAAAUCAAGUUGAGGACGGAGAAGAUUCAAAUUCCAUCCAACCAAUAGACAACGUUUGGAGAGAUCAGGGUUCAGGACAGGAAGCAUCCGAAGAAGCUGAGGAUGGUUCAGGGUCCGGAGAGGAGGUUCUAGAAGCUGAGGAUGGAUCCGGAGAUCCUGAACCUGAAGAAACCGUUCUUGAGACAGCUCCGUACGCUAUGGCGAGUACAGACGGGCAAACUAAUGUCGGGAUCAUCAUGCAGAGGGUUCAAGAUAACCGUGUCAAGAUGAUUUGUAGUUUUGAGACCCAAAACAGUGAACUAAUUGGGGAAAAAACUCACCCGGAGAUUUGGCUUAUCCAGGGUAACCAGCAGUGUUCUGGACUGGCUGGAGUAGUUCAAGCUCAGAAACUUGCUGAGAUACUAGCAGAGGGGCAUGCCGAUGGAAUCAUUCCAGAUCUCACCUGGGACGCGUUGAGAAAUAAUUGUCUGACAGUCCUCCGAUCCCUAGCUACAUCAGAGACCGGAGGAGAGGAUACCGUUCUGGAUGUCGGAGACGGAUCCGGAGAAGGUUCAGGAUCGGAGGAAAAUACUAAUCAACGUAUUAGUGGAGAUCUGCAGGACUUUAUACCAUCAAUAGGUUCCGAGAUAUCAUCUUCUCAGGGUACUAGACAAGUAGCGGCGUCUAUUCUAAGAACAAGAGGAAUAUCUCGUAGCUUUGUUUCAAUCAACCUUGCUUCAUACUCCGUCAUUUCUACUGGAUACUCAAGUGCGCUGUCGAGUACAGUUUCUGUUUAUAAACCAACCUAUGUUUUCGGUGGAGUGAGUGGGUUUUCACCCUCCAAACAAGAUAUAUUUGCUACUCUACCCUACCUCCAGAUUCCAGGUGUAAGUGUACCCACAGCUCUGUAUAUUGCUGUUGGAGUUGGUAUCCUGGGUGCAGCAGCUGUGUAUCUCUAUUCAGGACUGAGUACACAGGCUUUAGAUGUCAUUUCUACAAGAUUAUUGGGUCGAACUCAGCUGUUCUCAGAAGCUGAUGGAUUCCAGGAUAGGAUUGGAUCCGUCUUGUAUCAAGCAUUAGAUUCUAUAAAUCCGUACAGGGAUUCAUACUCAUACCAGUAUAAUCAACCCUACCAAUAUUCUUCAUAUCAGAACACAGAAGAUUAUGAUUAUAAUUCACACUAUUUCUCUUAAUAUUUUUAUAUAAUUUCAUUUCUCUUUGUAAUUGUUAACGUCGUGAAUAAAUUUUGUUUGAUA